AUGAGCACCGCCCAGCCCAUAUUCUCGCAGGGAGAGGACUGCAAGGCCGUCUGGCACGACGCGAGCGCUGAUUACAAUGAAACCGACACACACCUGGAAAUCAUGGGGAAACCUGUGAUGGAGCGCUGGGAAACCCCGUACAUGCACUCCCUAGCGACGGUUGCCGCGUCAAAAGGUGGUCGGGUUCUGGAGAUCGGCUUCGGCAUGGCCAUCGCCGCCACCAAAGUGGAGUCCUUCCCCAUUGAAGAGCACUGGAUCAUCGAGUGCAACGAUGGCGUCUUUGCCAGACUGGAGAACUGGGCUAAGGCUCAGCCCCAUAAGGUCGUCCCACUGAAGGGCCUUUGGGAGAACGUUGUUCCAACCCUGGCAGACAACCACUUUGACGGCAUCCUGUACGACACUUACCCUCUGUCAGAGGAGACAUGGCACACUCACCAGUUUGACUUCAUUAAGGGUCACGCUCACAGGCUGCUGAAGCCCGGCGGCGUCCUCACAUACUGCAACCUGACCUCUUGGGGAGAGCUGCUCAAGACCAAGUACGAUAGCAUUGAGAAGAUGUUCGAGGAGACCCAGGUGCCUCAUCUACUUCAAGCCGGCUUCAAGAAGGAGAAGAUCAGCACCACCACCAUGGACAUUGACCCACCCAGUGAAUGCAAAUACUAUUCCUUCAAAAAGAUGAUAACUCCCACUAUUAUCAAAGAGUAAAAUGUCAAGACACUGCUGCAACAUUUUUGUACUCUAACGUGCCGUCUCACUUGACCCCGCUCCCCUCAUUAUUACGUCUGUUUGCUGCCUGUCAAUAAACCAAAGUCCACCCAA